AUGGCAACUGAACUCCCCACCACAAACGGCCACGGCGCACAGGAUGGUGAGAACAACUUUGCCGUCAAGGCCGGUCUGGCACGCAUGCUGAAGGGCGGAGUCAUUAUGGACGUUGUCAACGCCGAGCAAGCACGGAUAGCAGAAGAAGCCGGUGCAUCAGCCGUCAUGGCUCUGGAGCGCGUCCCCGCCGACAUUCGAUCCCAGGGUGGCGUAGCCCGCAUGAGCGACCCCAAGAUGAUCAAGGAGAUCAUGGACACAGUAACCAUCCCCGUCAUGGCCAAGGCGCGAAUUGGCCAUUUCGUCGAAUGCCAGAUCCUCGAAGCCCUAGGCGUAGACUACAUUGACGAAUCCGAAGUCCUGACCCCCGCCGACGCCAUCCACCACGUCUCCAAGCACCCCUUCCGCAUCCCCUUCGUGUGCGGCUGCCGCGGCCUCGGCGAAGCCCUCCGCCGCAUCUCCGAAGGCGCCGCCAUGAUCCGAACAAAAGGCGAAGCCGGCACGGGCGACGUCAUCGAAGCCGUGCGCCACAUGCGCACUGUAAACAGCGAGAUUGCGCGCGCAAAGAGCAUGUCGGACGAGGAACUGUACUCGUACGCAAAGGAGCUGCAGGUCGACUACGCGCUGCUCAAGGAGACGGCUAAGCUGGGCCGUCUGCCUGUUGUCAACUUUGCGGCGGGCGGUGUUGCGACGCCCGCUGAUGCCGCGUUGAUGAUGCAGUUGGGCUGUGAUGGUGUUUUCGUUGGCUCGGGUAUCUUCAAGUCUGGGGAUGCGGCCAAGCGGGCUAAGGCUAUUGUGCAGGCGGUUACGCAUUACAAGGACCCCAAGGUGCUUAUGGAGGUUAGCAUGGAUCUGGGCGAGGCUAUGGUUGGUAUCAACUGUGGUAGCAUGGGCGAGGACGAGAAGCUCGCUAAGAGGGGGUGGUAG